UCUAAUUUAGCUUAAGUAAUACAAUUCUCAGUUGGGAAAGAUUCUAAGUCUCUGCGUUCUUUCUUUGUGUUGUAGUACAUAUAAAUUCAGCAGCAAAUAGCUUCCUGAUAUUGUAUUUUACAAGUACUACUGCUGCUUGGAUUCUUCAUUUUCCUCUUGCACUCUUCCUCCUCCUUUUUCCAAGUAGCCUCAAAGAUGGUUAGCGCUGAGGUUGCAAGGAAUAUUGUAGGGAUCAUUGGAAAUGUCAUCUCAUUCUUACUGUUUGCAUCACCAAUACCAACAUUUGUCAACAUCUACAAGAGAAAAGCAGUGGAGGAAUUCAAACCAGAUCCCUACAUAGCAACUGCAAUGAACUGCAUGUUAUGGAUAUUAUAUGGUUUACCACUUGUUCAUCCUGAUAGCACCCUUGUGGUCACUAUCAAUAGCAUUGGACUUGCAAUGGAGCUCAUUUAUCUCACCAUCUUCUUCAUUUAUGCCCAGAAGAAAGGCCGACUCAAGGUCAUUGGGUGGCUUUGCGUAGAGAUUGCAUUUUUGGGCGUUGUGGCCUCAUGCACAUUGCUAUUGCGUAAAACUCAUGCCCAAAGAUCUGCUCCUGUUGGGAUCCUUUGUGUCAUAUUUGGAGUGCUAAUGUAUGCUUCACCUCUUACCAUCAUGAGGAAGGUGAUUAAGACAAAGAGUGUGGAAUACAUGCCGUUUUACCUCUCCUUGACCAACUUUCUCAAUGGAGUCAUUUGGUUGACAUAUGCCCUCAUUCGCUUUGAUCUCUAUAUCCUGAUUGGAAAUGGAUUGGGGACUCUAUCUGGAGCAAUACAGUUGAUUCUGUAUGCCUGCUACUGCAGCUCUACCCCGAAAUAUGAGGACGAUGAGGUCGUUGUCAAGCCAUCUGAGCUGCAACUCUCCGACAACGGAGGACCGGCUAGAGCUAGACCAACUGUUUGAUUGACAUCUAAAGCAUUAAAAGCCAAAGUAAAUCUUUCUGGAAAGAAAUAAUAUGAAUGUGUACAGUAAAGACUUUCCAGUGUUUCCAAGGUUUCUUGGAGAUUGAAAUCAUAGUGGAUCAAAAUAUCGUG